AUGCUUAUAGUUCAUCACAAAUUUCAUACGAUAGUUGGACAUAUACUUCGUUGUUUUGGAAUUUCACGUUGGGAAGGUUCAGGAGACUUUAUCAUUGUGACAUCGUACGCUAACUAUGGGAAUUUACGACAAUACAUUUAUCAAAAUUUUGAAAAUUUUUCAUGGAUUGAACGUUUAAUUACACUUAAAGAUAUUGCUAUGGGUCUAGAAAUUAUUCAUAACUCUGGUUAUGUUCAUCGUGAUUUGCAUAUAGGCAAUAUUUUGAGACAUAAAAAUAGGACAAUGAUAAGUGAUUUUGGACUUACAUGGCGUCAAGGUUCAAGUGGUAAACUAUAUGGAGUAUUACCAUAUAUGGCCCCUGAAAUCCUAUCUGGUGGUCAAUAUUCUUUUGCAUCUGAUAUAUAUAGUUUUGGAAUAAUCAUGUACGAAAUUGCUAGUGGAAAAAUCCCAUUUUACCAUGAAGAUAUCAACCCUAAUAAUAUUAUUCAAGGAUCUCGACCCGGCCGCCCACAUUCUACUCCCGUUGUUUAUAUUCAACUUAUGGAAUCUUGUUGGGAUUCUGACCCGAGAAAAAGGCCAACCGCCAACUAUCUUAUUUCAAUGUUAGAUGAUUGGAUUCAUAGUAAAAGGAAACAUUUGGUUAUAAUUUAUAAUUCUUUUCAACAUGCUGAAAAUGAGCGAAAAAAUCCAGAGCUUACAAAGAUAGAUCAAAUUUCUAUUAACCAAACUAAUCAAUCGAUCUCUAAUAGUCAAUUGAACUCGAAUAUAUCACCAACAGCGGCUACGCCAAGAAAAAAACAAAAAUCCAUUUUAAUUAGAAUUUUAGUAAAAUUGAAAAUAAUAAAAUCAAAAUCGUAA